UCGAAUGGCUAACGAACAACAUCUUGUUUACGUUAAAAACGGAGGCAGUCCAUUCAAAAAAACAAUAGUGCUAAAUGAUCCAAAAGAUAUGGUUCCCGGUACAAAGAACAUGUUGUUACGAAUUACCGGUAACUUCAUGGUGCAGAGCAUUGAUGGACUUCAUAAUCUAAUCAGAAUGCCAUAUGGAUGCGGAGAACAAACUAUGCUCAAUUUUGCUCCUGCAAUAUAUAUAACAAAAUAUCUGAAGACGGUUGGUAAAUUGACAAGUACUAUCCAAACAAAUACUGAAAGGAGCCUUAAAUCAGGUCUUCAAAGAGAAUUAACUUAUCAACAUAUUGAUGGGUCAUUCAGUGCUUUCGGGGACAGAGAUCCCUCAGGGAGUUCCUGGCUAACGGCUUUUGUCGUCAAGUGUUUCCAUCAAGCAGAUGGACUAAUCAAAAUAGACGAUGCAGUGAUGUCAAAUGCUAUGAACUGGCUCCUGACAUACCAAAACUCUGACGGGUCAUUCUAUGAACCAGGGAGGAUAAUUCAUACACAGAUGCAAGCUGGAACAGCUUCUGGAAUAAAACUGACGGCUUUUAUUCUUAUUUCUGUCUUGGAGAACAGACAUAUUAAAGGUGUAGAGGUUGCAAAAAUAAACAAUGCUAUUUCAAACGGGAAGACAUUCUUAGAAAGACAUCUUCAUUCGGCACAUGACAUAUAUGCUCUGGCGAUCGUAUGUUAUGCACUCGCUAACGCUGGUAGCUCGUCUGGGUCGACAUGUUUCACGAAACUGAAAAACGCUGCUCUUCUAGAUGGUGAUAAAAUGUUCUGGACAGCAAACACAGGUGUUUCGAAACGUGAAUUAACAACAAGGGCACCGGCAGCAGAUAUAGAAGCUUCAUCGUAUGCUCUUUUGGCAUAUUUGAAACUGGGAAAAGGUUCGGAAGCUUUUCCGAUCGUCAAAUGGCUUGUUUCUCAACGUAAUCCAACAGGAGGAUUUCAGUCGACACAGGACACUGUCGUAUCUUUACAAGCAUUGUCUGAAUUUUCGGCACGUUAUGCAAGCGGACCAUCUCAGAACUAUGGUGUACAAAUCGAUGCAUUUGGUAGCAAUUUUGCUCAUUCAUACUCGACAACGACAAGUACCUACGAUGUUGUUCAUUCUAAAGAGAUGCCGUCUACUUUAACAAAUGUUAUAUUGCAAGCAAUUGGAGAGGGAAAUGCAGUGCUAGAUAUUUCAAUGUCUUACUACAUAUCUGGAAAUAGACCUGACAACUACAUUGCAGUGUCAGUCGCAAUAGUAAAGGAAACACUUAAUUCUGUUACAGUUAAACCAUGUAUAAGCUGGACGGGACCUGCAACAAGCGGUAUGCUGGUCGCAGAAGUUGAAAUGCCUACUGGAUUCCGACCAGAUAAUGAUGUACUCAAAGCACAAAAACUUAUUAAAAAGCACGAGACAAACGGGCGAAAUAUCGCACUCUACUUUGACGGCAUCAACCGCAAUGGGCGUACCUGUGUGGAGGUAAAAAUGGAUAGAGCUGACCCAGUUGUAAAGAGUCAAGCCUGCCACGUGACAGCUUAUGACUACUACGAACCGACACACCAAGCCAUGGAAAGAUACGAAUUUGGUCUUCUGAAAAACGCAACUAUCUGCCUCGUGUGUCCACUCUGCCAGUUUUGCAACGGGGCAACAGGAGUUGGACUGAUUGGUGUUGGAAAGUAA